UUUUUUUUUUUGUUUCUACUUUGGAUUGAAAGAACACAAACACCAUGGCCAUCAGUAAUACCCCGAAAGCAGUGAUGAAAGGAUGGACAGCACUGGCUAUAUGUGCACUGGGCGGAUACAUGUUGAGUAAAUCAUACACCAAUCGUCGACUACAAGAAUAUACAGCUACCGGCUCAGUUACUUCCAGUGGUGUCCAACAACAACAACAGGAAGAACAAGAAACUGGUGAAAAACCUUUACGGCGAUCAGUACAGCGUACCCUUUGAUUAAUAUAAUAGCAAAAUAGUUAGUCAUAGUAUACAUCCCAAAUAUAAAUCACACAUUGUAUUACACACUCAUAUAUAGAUAAAUAUUCAUUUUUUUUUUAUUUUGAAUAAAAAUUGGGGGAAGAGGGUUGAUUGGAUAAAGG